AUGAGUCCUUUCAAAACACCCCAAGUACAUUAUGAUCAAUUAGGAAAUGCCCAACAAACUGCAACAAGAAGAUUCCCACCACCAAGAAAUGUUUCUGUUGUGAGGAGCACAUAUAUAAACCUAUUGCCUGCAUACAACAAAAACCAGUGCAGUGCCUCUUCUUUGUGCUGCACUCAAACAUUAAUCAUUAGCACCUGCUCUCCCUCUUUAGAUUUCCUUUCUAAUUUUAGGAAUCCAUUUUAACACAAUGUAUCAAUUCUCUUUUUAACUUGCAUUAAAUGAUAAUUAAGUGUGAUAAAAUGGAAUUUCCCAACACUCCAUUUGAUGAUUCAAAUAUAUCUGAAGGAAGUAAAAUAGGAAGGAAAAUGGAUAAAAGGAAGCAAAUUGAGGGAGAAGUUAGAGAAUACAAAUCCAAGAACCUUGAUGCUGAGAGAAGGAGACGUCAAAAACUUAGUGAACGGCUUCUUGAAUUGCGGUCUUUGGUCCCCAACAUUACAAAUGCAAUGAAUCAAAACCCUUCAUUCUAAUAGAUAAAUCCCAGUGACAUUUUUCUAAAGAAUGUAUCUAAACCAUUUUCUAAAAUCUUAAAUUCUUUUUUGAUUUCAGAUGACAAAAGAAACCAUAAUUACUGAUGCCAUCACUUACAUUAGAGAACUACAGACAAAUGUGAACAACCUAAGUGAGCAGCUUCUAGAAAUGGAGGCAACUCAUGGAGAGGAAUUGGAGACAAAAAGUGAAGAGAAUAUUGAUACUGCCGAGGAGAUGGCUAACUGGGGCAUAGAGCCUGAAGUUCAAGUGGCUCACAUUGGUACAAGUAAGCUUUGGAUAAAGAUAGUCUGCCAGAAGAAAAGAGGUGGAUUUACUAAACUGAUGGAGGCAAUGAAUGUUCUUGGAUUUGAUCUCAAUGACACCAGUGUCACUGCCUCCAAAGGAGCUCUUCUUGUUACUUCAUCUGUGGAGGUGGUUCGCGGAGGACAAAUUGAUGCUCAUCAAAUCAGAGAGAUCUUGCUGGAGAUCAUCCGCGGCAUAUAGAGAAACUAGCAGCAGCAUAAGUCCCUAAUUAUUCUAGUAAUAUUAGUCUCAUUUUAGUGCUCUUUUACCAUAUAUUCUAACAGGAAUCAGAUUUUUUAGAGAAAUGCCAGAGUACCUUUAACUUUUAGUUAUGGAUGUCAAAAGGAUUAAAUCAUGUUUUCCAUCAUUAAAAGAUGAAAAUCCUUUGGAUCCAAAUUGUCUGAAAACAGCUUGUGUGAACUCUUUUUUUUCCUUCUUCCAAACA